AUGGCUUCCAACCACCCCAACGACGAGGUGCAUCGCAUCCAGAACCAGAUCGACAUCGAAACAAAGAUCAAGGAUGGCGCAGAGAACCUGCUCAGCGUCUUCGACCUCAAGCUCGCCACAAACACAAAGCACGACCUCCGCAGGCAGAUCGAAUCCGAGCUCGAUUCCGCCAACGCCAACAUUGCAUCGCUCACCUCCGAGCUCCAACGAUGGCGUCAGAUCCACGCCGACGCACAGUCCCCCCACCUCUCAAACUACGCAUCGGACGCCAUCAGCAGCCCUCCCGUCUCCACCUCGUCCGCCAGCUGGCAAAUACCCCACUCCACCGUAUCCCGCCUCGAGCAGUCGGCUCUCGGUUACGACGGUCAGCCUCUCUUCGCCGCCCGCCACCCUCCACCCGCUCACAACGACAGUGACGACCACCUAGCCAAUCACCAUCACCACCACCACCCCGACACAAGCAACGGCUCUCCCCCUUCCACCAACUAUGUCAACCACCUAGCCUCGGCCGUCGAUGCCAAUGCGCAACCAUUCGGAGGCCUCGGAAUCGGCCUCGAUGCCCAUGCCCCUCUCGCGCUCUCUAAUGCAGCCAACGCCCAGUCGCUCGACUCGCACACCAAUCCACCACCUCCGCUUCUAUUCCAGCAGCCCUCCGCCCAACCGAGCCAUCACGCUUCCACCUCCAAGCUGCCCUACAACCAUGAUCGCGAGGUCGAGGAUGCAAGAGCGUCCAGGUCGCUCGCGCUCAUGCUCAUCCGCUCCUUGCGUCCUUCCUCACCCAUGCCUCCGCCGACACAGCUCCCCACCCUCGCAGAGCAGCAUCAACAUCAACCGCACGCAACCGAUACUGCCGACCCUCUGCCCGCUCCCACCACCGAUCCCGACUCGCCGCUCAACAGUGCCCUCGCGCUGCCGCGCAUGACUCGCAGGACCGCCGCUCGUUCCCGCGCCGCCGCCAUCGCCUCGGGUGCUUCCUCGCAUGCACGCACCCCCAGCAACGCCGCCGGCCUCGGCGACCAGGCCAAGCAUCACAUCACUCAGAUCAACCGCCUCGUCGAUAUCCUCAAGCGCCACGCACGCGUGCGCUACGAGUUGCCGCUCGACGACCUCGUGGAUGCCGCCAUGCCCAACCUGUGCGACAGGGCGGGCAAGGAGAUCCGCGCCGCCACCUACCGUCUGCUGCGCUACGCGCUCGUCCAGCCGCUCUGGCCGCUCGUCUCGCGCUGCCGCCAAAAGGGCCUCGACAUCUACCUCUCCCGCAGCCUCAUCCGCGACAACCGCUUCGAGCUCGAAAAGGUCCAGUGCAUCAGACUCAUCCGCGCCAUCAUGGACAUGGCCGCUCUCCGCUCCAUCGCCGCUUCGCCCGACCGUCUCGCCAUGGACCUCCAGGACCUCUUGGCCACCGGCGUCAUUCGCGCCCUCGCCGCCGUCGCGGACCACGCAGACGACAAGCUGCGCCACAUCUGCCUCGAGACGCUCGCCGAGCUCGCCGUGUUUGAUAUUCGUCUGCUCAUCAAGGCGGGCGGCCUGCGUACCACGCUGCAGGCGCUCACCGAAGGCGCGUCCGACUUUUCGCCCGCGCUCGUCCAGGUCUUUAUCUACCUCAUCGACAUGCCCGGCACACGUCACCACCUGCGGCCUGGAGUGGACCUCGAGAUCGCGCUGUCCGGCUUCACCGAGGCGCCCGUGCAGAAACCCAUCACGUACGACGCGCUUCUGCGCAGCACCGCCUCGGUCGUCACCGUGCUGCUGCGCUCCUGGGCCGGCCUCAUCUACCUGUGCAUGGACGAUAAGCGAUCCAUCAAGUCGCUCGUACAGGCGCUCCGCGUCAAUGCGAUCGAGGUAAAGAGCGUCCUGCUCGACAUGCUCUACGACCUCUUCAACGUCCGAGGCGUCACCGGCCGCGUCGACCCGGCCAGCAAGCGUGAGAGCAGCCAAAAGGCCGCCUCGUCUUCGCCCAAGCUGGAUGCCGACGCCGCCUCGGGCGCGGCGCACCACGCCAACAUGGCUCCGCUCGGCGAGCUUGGAGACCAGCCACGCAGCCGGCUCAACCUGGUGGACCACUACCUGGCGCUGCUGCUCGUCGUGUUUCUCGAGUGUGGCCUGGUCGAUGCGCUCAUCGAUGUGAUCGAGCAUGCGCCGUUGAUGGCGCGCAAGGCGACCAUGCUCAUGGGCGAGCUGCUGCAAGUCUCGAAACGCGUCCAUCCGCCGUCGAUGGGCGGCAGCAUCCACUCGCUGCCGCGCCUCUUUUCGCUCGCCGCCGACUUUCGGCUGGACAAGAGCGACGAGCGGCAGGCGGCGGCGCAGGCGCUCUCGACCAUCGACAGCGCCAAUCGGCACCGCGCGCAUCACGAGGCGGUCACCAGCGCGGCGGCGUUGAGCGGCACGGUGCAGAGCACGGCGCGCGACCGGUCCAACUCGAUCGAAGAGUCCAUGCGGCGUGGGCAGAGGCAGGUGGAGAAGACCAAAAUGCGCAUCGGGAUGCAGAUCGACGACGUGCAGUUUCGGAACAUGAUGGUCGACACGCAGGUGCUCGUCACCAAGGACCACACCAAGUGGAACCUCGACACGCUCACCGACAUGCUCGAGGGCCCGCUGCUCAAUCCGAAGCGGCUCGAGGACGUGGUGAGGGGCUCCAAGCUGCUCAAGCGCGUGCUGGCUUUCUACCAUCCGUUUGCACUGCGAUUCUCGAGCAUACGCAGGCUCAACGCCAAUCGGCGGUUCGUGCGUCUGGGAUGUCUGCUGCUCAGCACGCUCGCGGCCACGCAAGAGGGGCUGCGCGUGCUGGCGGAAGAUCGGCUGCUGCGCGAGCUGAGGGAAUGCCUCGACCAGCUCGAUCCGCUGUCCGGCCAGUCCGGCACCGAUGCGUUGUUCUCGCGCAAGCGCAUGACCGAGACGCUCGCCUGCGGCUACUUUGAGAUGAUCGGCGUGCUGACGCAGAGCAGCGAGGGCAUCAAGCUGCUGGAGCGCUGCCGCAUCUUCACGCCGCUGUACCAUCUGAGCGAGCUGCGCAGCCGCGACGACAUUGUCAAGGCGGUGAUCGAAAACGUAGACUACAGCAUCGAGGGCCACUCGCGCAUCGUGCUCGCCAAGGCGCUCACCUCGAGCUACCGCGACGUGCGGCUGUUUGCAACGCGACACCUGGCCGAGCUGAUUCGGCAACAGACGCUGCCUGCCAACGCCAAGAAUGGAGCGGAAGUGCAGGGCGAUUGGACGAUCGGGCUGCUGCUCACGCAGCUGUACGAUCCGUCGGUCGAGGUGCGCCAGCUGGCCACGCGCGUGGUGCAGGAAGCGUGCACCUCGGCCCACAUGCUGGAAAAGGUGGUGGCGAUGCGGCCGACGCUGGACCACCUGGGCGAGCUGGGCCAUCCGCUGCUGCUCAAGUUCCUCUCGACGUCCGUGGGCAUCCGCUACCUGUGGCACGGCGAGUACAUCGACCGCGAGAUGGACGAGUGGUUCAACGAGCGCAACCAGCGCUACGUCGUCGAGGUCGAGGUGAUGCUCGCCGAGUUUUUCAGCAUGGAUCGCAAAUCUCCCGCUGGCGGCGCGGCGGACAAGGCAGCCGGCGAGUCGGGCUGGGCUGCUACGCCGGCGACGUGGGGCGUGGAGCCGAUGCAGGAAGGAGUGGUGCCGGCGCACUUUUACGGCGAGCUGACCAAGACGCGCGAGGGCUGCCACAUCCUGACGCAAAAGGGCCACUUUGGCGAAUUUGCGCACCUCAUCCGGCAGCACGGCAGCGAGGCGUCGGACAGCGAGCUGAUCAGCAAGCUCAAGAGCGUGCUGUGGGCGGUCGGCAGCAUCGGUGCCAACGAGCUCGGACUGCCCUUCCUCGAGGCCGAGGAUGUGGUGAGCCAGAUUGUGGAGAUUGCCGAGACGUCGGCAGUGCUGUCGGUGCGCGGGACGUGCUUCUUUGUGCUGGGGCUGAUUUCGUCGACCAAUGCGGGGGCGGAGGUGUUGCAGGAUUACGGAUGGCAGUCGGUAUGCACUCCGCUGGGUGCUCCGAUGGGACUGUGCAUCCCGGACAAUGUGAAUCGGCUGGUGUCGCUGCCACGAUGGCAGGUGGAGCAGGUGGCGGAUCUGGGGUAUCUGGAGUUCGAAGAGCCGCAGACGGUGGUGGUGAACAAGAUCAUCACGUCGAUUGCGAACCUGGGCAACUCGAUCCUCGCGGCGAAUGCGUCGCGCUCGCUGAACCGGCUCAAGGCCAAGCAUGCGCGUGCGUUCCAGGACAUGGCGGUGCUCGCAAGGGCGGUGGAGCUGAUGGACCAUUUCAACUUUCGCGUGGCGGUGCGCAGGUACGUGUGGGAGCUGUUCGACGUGAGUCUGGACGAAGGGGUGGUGGAUGCGAUCCAGACGAGUCGGCAGCAGCUUGUAGAGGCCAAACGCGCGCGCACCACGCAGCAGUCCAAGCAAGACAGACGCAGCAGUCGAGCCGAGUCUCUGGAUGCGCACAAUGGCGGGGCGGAGGGCUGGGAGAGUGGCUCGGGCUCGGACGGUGCAGGCGAGAGCGACGAGGCGGAAGACGAGGUGGGGCUGUCGAGCAACAUGUCUUCGGACGACGAGGCGAGCGACACGUCGCAGGACGAAGCCAAGCUUGCGGAUGAUGCUGUGCGUCCGCUUGCUCGUGCGGCGGUAAGAAGACCAAGCAUGCGCUCAUCCACACUCAAAGGCCACUGGACGCGCACCGAGCUGGCGCCUGCCAAAGUGGUCGCCACGCCGGUGAAAAAGGUGCUCGGCUUUGGCGUAGAGUCGCUGUGA